AUGGAGUCUAUCUUUGCUCUUUUGCAUGUGGUGAUGGCCAUCAUCAAUUUUUCCAGCACAAAUGGCACUUUGUGUAGUCUGCGAGGAGAGCCUGUAUACCCACAACUAUCAAAGGAAGGCGAUAUCAUUUUUGGGGGGAUUUUUCCCUUCCACAGCAGAUGGGAGAUCACAGACUUGUCCUAUAUGAUAAAGCCACCUUCUGUCAAAUGUCUGAGUCUUGAUUUCAGAGCGUUCCAGUUUUCACAGUCCUUGAUCUAUGCUAUAGAGGAGAUCAACAACAGUUCUUCUUUACUGCCUGGUGUCUCGCUGGGCUACAAGAUCUAUGACACAUGCAGCUCCACAGCGAUGGGGGUCAGAAUGGCUAUGGCACUUAUUAAUGGAAAUGAGGACUCAAUCUUGAAUGAGCCCUGCACAAAGCCAGCACAGGUGCAAGGCAUAAUCGGCGAGACAUACUCAUCAGUGUCGAUGGCUAUCGCAAUGAGUAUCGGACCUUUCAGCAUUCCUGUAAUCAGUCACUAUGCCACCUGUGAGUGUCUCAGUGAUAAAAGGAAAUAUCCCUCAUUUCUCCGCACUGUUCCCAGUGAUUACUACCAGAGCCGAGCACUGGCAGAGAUUGUCAAGCACUUUGGCUGGACGUGGGUGGGGGCAAUCAGAAGAGAUGAUGAUUAUGGUAACAGUGGGAUGGCUGCAUUUACUGAAGCUGCAGAGCAGCUGGGCAUUUGCUUAGAAUAUUCCCUUCCAUUCUUUAGAACCUACUCACAAGAAAAAGUGCUGAGAAUGAUUCAACAAAUUAAAAGCUCUACUUCUCGAGUAAUAGUGGGGUUUCUUGACACGUGGGACUUGGAGAUUCUGGUGCAUGUCUUUUUUGAACACAAUGUCACUGGAUACCAGUGGGUGGGAACGGAGGCCUGGAUCUUUGAUCCAGAACUGGCUGCAUUGGAUAAGUACAACGUACUGCAAGGAGCCAUAGGGCUUGCUAUCCCCAAAACAACAGUGACGGGUCUGAAGGACUUUAUUCUGAAUAUACAUCCACUGAAAUCUGCAGGCAGUGCCAUUUUUACUGAAUUCUGGGAGGCUCUGUUCAAGUGUAAAUAUGCACUACAGAAUGACACUGAGAACUUACCAGUGUGCACAGGCAAAGAGAAACUGUCUGAUGUGGAAAACACAUUCACAGACAUGUCACUGAUGCCCAUUUUCAGCAACGUGUAUAAAGCAGUUUAUGCUGUUGCCCAUACUCUACACAAUCUUCUUGACUGCACACAGACAUGUGCAACAAAAAAGCAGCCUGAUCCUCCCACUUUUCUAGAACACAUGAAAAUGGUGCGUUUCAAAAUCAAAGAUGGCGAAGAGGUUUAUUUUGAUAAAAAUGGUGACCCUGCUGCAAAAUAUGAGAUAAUAAACUGGCAGACGAGUAAAGAACACCAGCAUGAAUUUGUCACUGUUGGACUUUACGACUCCUCUUUCUCUGCUCACAAUCGAUUAGCAGUAAACAUGGUCUCUAUUGUGUGGGCACAAAAUAGCAAUCAGGUGCCGGUGUCUGUGUGCAGUGAGAGCUGCCCUCCAGGCACCAGGAAGGCUGUGCAGAAAGGAAAGCCUAUCUGCUGCUUUGACUGUAUACCAUGUGCUGAAGGAGAGAUCAGUAAUAUGACAGAUUCAAUUAAAUGUGAACAAUGUUAUGAAGACUUCUGGUCAAAUCCACACAGGGAUGAAUGCAUAAAGAAGGAAAUUGAAUUCUUGUCAUAUGAGGAAACUAUGGGUAUUUUGUUAACAGCUGUUUCUAUUACUGGUGCUUUCAUGACAAUAAUAAUAGGAAUCAUAUUCUUUAGAUAUAAAAAUACCCCGAUAGUCAGAGCCAACAACUCAGAGCUGAGCUUCCUGUUGCUCUUCUCUCUGGCUCUGUGUUUUCUUUGUUCACUUACUUUCAUUGGUCGGCCCUCUGAGUGGUCUUGUGUAUUACGUCACACAGUGUUUGGGAUCACCUUCGUCCUCUGCAUCUCCUGUGUUCUGGGGAAAACAAUAGUGGUGUUAAUGGCCUUCAGAGCUACACUUCCAGGCAGUAAUGUCAUGAAAUGGUUUGGGCCUCCACAGCAGAGACUCAGUGUUCUUGCUUUCACUCUCAUACAGGUCCUUAUUUGUGCUCUUUGGUUAACAACAUCUCCUCCUUUCCCCUUCAAAAAUCUAAAGCGUUACAAAGAAAAGAUCAUUCUAGAAUGUCAGUUAGGUUCAGCAGUAGGUUUCUGGGCUGUGCUGGGUUAUAUAGGGCUAUUGGCUCUACUGUGUUUUGUUUUAGCUUUUUUGGCUCGAAAGCUGCCUGAUAACUUUAAUGAAGCCAAGUUCAUCACAUUCAGCAUGCUCAUAUUCUGUGCAGUUUGGAUCACUUUCAUCCCAGCUUAUGUCAGCUCUCCUGGAAAGUUCACUGUAGCUGUGGAGAUAUUUGCCAUUUUGGCUUCAAGUUUUGGUUUGCUGUUCUGUAUCUUUCUCCCAAAGUGUUACAUAAUCAUAAUGAAACCAGAAAAGAACACGAAAAAACAAAUUAUGGGUAAAUUACCAGUCAAUUGA